AUGCAGGUUGCACGAGCUCCAAAGCAAAAGGCACAUACAGUCCGAAAAGCAUCAAAGAAGGCUAUUGAAAAGGUCAAAGCAACAGGCCCGGGCACAUUCAUGAUGAGGGAGAAAGGAAACACCACCAAAACAGCUAGGGGAAUGCUGAGAGACCUUGUGGCCCUCCACAACGUGCCGGUUGCCCAUGCAGAAGGAGUAGUGUCCGUGGUUACAGCUGCCGUGGGUGUGACUGUUGAGGGGAGAGCAAACAGUACAACUCACAAAAAUGUGAAUUACAAGUCCCGCCAUAUCAUGCUUACCACAUCAAGUGGUGAGAAAGUCAGUUGUGCAAUUGGUGUCUACUCCGCUAUCAAUCAUACAAGUGAGACUCAGUUGAAGGGAUGGUGGGAACUCGUACUGGAGAUGUACAGGACCUACAAUGAGUCCUCGAGGGGAAAAGAAUACCAGGCAGACCCCCGAGAAUUCUAUCUUGCAGUUAAAGGUAUAUCCACGGACCGUGCCAGAGAUCAAAAGAAGUUUGUGCAUCUGUUACUGGAUGUACAAAGUCAAGCCAACCAAGAGACCCGAGGAGAGAAGGCACUGUCAAACCUUGCACACAAGAAGUACAGAGCCUUGCUCAACAAGCUGGCCAAGCACCCAUGUUUAAUGCAGGAAGUCCAUUUAUCAGUGGCACUUUGCACGGUACAUAUCAAAAUUGGCCAGAAGGAGUUUGAUGGGCUGUUGGACAUUGAGAAAGAUGCCGCAACAUUUUUUGUGUGGGCGGGAUGCUUCAUGCACAAGGGGCUCAACACCGUCAAAGGAGGAUACACCAGAAUGUCAGGAUGCUGGAAAAAACAUGACCUACUGGGGCCUGCAAAGCUUUUGAACAAGGACAAUGCUGCCGCAGCAUCAAUUUGGCCAUCAGCAGCAAGGUUGCGGGGGAUUGAGGUCUCCAAGAGGGGUGCCAUCAAAGUACUGAGCCUUGUUGGAGCUAUUUUUUGUCACAAGGACAAUAAGAAGGGUCAGCAGGACACAUUAUGCUUCUACAUGGAGGCCAAACUUGGCUAUACCUUUCAAUGGCCAGAUACGAGCAACACUCAAUACCAGAGUUAUGGCGAUGCAGCUACUGUUUGGAUCAUUCAUCAUGAACUCCUCAUUAGCUUCCUAGGGGUUGUCAAGGACAAAAAGGAAAAAUAUACCUUCAGGAACAUCAAGAAGAAUGUUCUCACCAGAUUACUUGACCCAGAGAUGGACUUCAGGAUAUAUCCCCUUGCAAUCUACUCCCAGAUUAUCACAAUUCCUUGCAUGCAACAAGUGAGAGGUCCGACACAAGAACAUACCAAUAUUUUGGACCUGGAACCUUUUCUCAUCAUAAUGAUUGCCCAUUGCACAGCAAUUGUUGCUGAUCCUGACCUUGCCCCGGCACCUGAUGCAAGAUAUCAAACUGCAACCCUCAAUGGCCAGCCAUUCAAGCGUCUGGAGGUGUUCUAUGCUGUCCAAAGGCUGAUCCUGAUGCUUCCAAAAAUUUGA